CCCGCCUCUCGGAGGCUCGGAGCUGUGACCACAGCCCUGGCUCACGCAGUAGCAUUCCGCGGGGUCCGCGGCGGGCCGCUGUCGCCCAGGUGGCGCGGGGAACUUGAAGGCACAUUAUCUGAGGAUACAGAGUGCCAUUUUAUCCCCUUUUUCUUGGAUUUUGGAUCAUAAUUAUAAGCUAGCAUGGAUCUUGGUGGCUCUGAACAAGACCCUGAAAUGAAGGAAUAUUCUUCUGUCUAUGUUGGCAGAGAAGAAGACAUUAAGAAAUCUGAAAGAAUGACAGCUGUUGUCCAUGAUAGAGAAGUGGUCAUUUUCUACCACAAAGGAGACUAUCAUGCUAUGGAUAUUCGCUGUUACCACUCAGGAGGACCUUUACAUUUGGGAGAAAUAGAGGAUUUUGAUGGACGACCGUGUAUAGUUUGCCCCUGGCAUAAAUACAAAAUUACUUUGGCAACAGGAGAAGGACUGUAUCAGUCUAAAAACCCUAAAGAUCCAUCAGCAAAACCCAAGUGGUGUUCUAAAGGAAUAAAGCAAAGGAUUCAUACAGUGACAGUGGACAGUGGGAAUAUUUAUGUGACACUUUCAAAAGAACCUUUUAACUGUGAUUCUGAUUUUUAUGCCACUGGAGACUUCAAAGUAAUUAAGAGUUCUUCCUGAUAAAAUAAUUGACAAUGAAAAAUGUAUGUGUUUUUAAAAUAACCUUGCUUCAAUACCAAAGAUGAUUAAUUUUUUCCAACAUAGGCAUAUUACUUAUCUUUAAAAAUCAUAUAAAUCUGAGAAGUUCAAAAGCACAGGUACUAAGUAUGAUAUAAGGAUUAUGAUGAGGAUCUAUGGAAUACAUUUCAUCCAGGCCUCUGGAUUAGAAUCUGAAGGCUGUAGGUCUGAUGUGUGCAUUUUAAAAAGGGUAAAAGUAAUUUGAAGUAAUUAAAAUAAAAGGUAUAAAAUAAGAUCUACUAAGAAAAAUUUGGAGGGGGAUCCCUAUUUUAUGUAGAAGGUUUUAUCAUGGAAAGUUUAAUAUAUACCAAGUAAACAGAAUUAUAUAAUAAACUCCCAUCAUCCAACU